AUGGAUGAAGAGUUGAUCAACAUAGAGAUAUGUGUAUGGUUAUCGAUCAUAUGUGUUAUGAGCCCAGAAAAUCAACAAGGUGGUGUUGCUGCUAUAAACCAUGGGGAAAUGCCAAAUAAUUUUGCAUGUGGGAAUAAAAGCUUGUACAAUCAUAGGGUCGAGUCUUUUGCAGCAGCAGCAGGAGAGGGUCAAGACAGGGGGUCAAAAAGGUGUCGUAGUGGUAGUACUGAUAAUAUAAAUAUAUUGGUGAGACGUCCUUUAUCAUCAUCACCAUCUCAUGAAGGGGGGUUGUGUGAGGUGGAUUCAACUUUCAGAGAAAGAGAAACAACGGAGAACAUGAUGAUGAUGGGGUGGCAAACUGAACCAGUUGAUGCUCAUCUACUUUCCUACUGUUGGUCUGGUGAUCUCAUUACAUCUACCUUUUCCUCUGGUGAUUCAAGAUUUCCUUAUGUGCAUUCAAAUGAGUUAGUCUUUGAGGUAAAGUUGAUGGAAGAAAGGAAUAUGAAGCCACUUGAUUUAAAUCUUGCAGCAUUAUCAGCAAGAUGCAGUAAAGAUUUGGAGUUGCAUUUGGCUAAGUCAUUAUUGUGUGAGAUGGGCCAAUGUACAACUGCUUAUCCAUAUAAUCAGUUGUUUGGAGCAUUAGUCUCAAAGAAUUAA